AUGGCGGACGGGGGGCCCCGACGUCCUCUGCUCAGUGCGGUGAACGUGUCUCAGGCUGAGGCGAAGCGGCUGCUGUGCCCCGAUGGCAGCGAUUGGAUCUGGCAGCUGCUGGAGCAGUGUGUGGAGAACAGCUGGGAGUACUGGAGUGUCAUCAUCGGACUGGUGUCCAUCGUCUGCUUCCUCUUCGCCGCAUUACCCCAACUAUACGUUGCCUAUAAGAAUGGAAAAGUUGACCAGGCACUUUCCCUAGGGUUUCUGUUAUGUUGGUUGGGUGGGGACUUUACCAACCUUGUUGGCUGCUAUCUGACCAGACAACUGCCAAUACAGAUUGUCACUGCCAUUUUUUAUGUAAACAUGGAUCUCAUAAUGAUUUCACAGUUUGCCUACUACAAAUUAAAGAACAAAAGCAUGAAAGGU